CGCAUUCUCUACGCUCGGACAUCAGUGCUGUUGGCGUGGUCGGAAACACUAGGUUUGGAGCUCGGGCGAAUUGUUCUCGGGAAGGGUUUUGGCUUGGGUUCGCAGAGCCAGAUCGGAACCCUAGCGCCGCCUAUCACUCGCGAGGAUGAAGCUCGUCAGGUUUUUAAUGAAGCUCAACAAUGAGACCGUUUCGAUUGAACUCAAGAACGGGACUGUGGUUCAUGGAACGAUAACGGGUGUGGAUAUCAGUAUGAAUACUCAUCUGAAGACUGUGAAGCUUACACUCAGAGGUAAAAAUCCUGUUACUCUUGAUCACCUGAGUGUGCGGGGCAACAAUAUUCGGUACGUUAUUCUUCCCGACAGCUUGAAUCUGGAGACGUUAUUGGUGGAGGAGACGCCUCGGGUUAAGCCGAAGAAGCCUACUGCUGGGAGGCCAAUGGGUCGAGGUCGGGGUCGGGGUCGUGGCCGUGGUGGUCGUGGCCGCGGCCGUUAACUCCAUAAACAGCAUUAGACACUUGAACCACCUUUUUUUUUUUUCUCUCCCUAAAGAGGCUUAGCAAGUAAUGGGA